CCUAACACAGUUGCCUAUGGAAAUCAAUGCAGUUAACUUCUCUCCUAACGUUCUUUGUCAUUGAUUUGGAUGGCCAACCCUUCCCCGUUUUGCUGUUUUUGUCACAUUCCAUUCGUUCCUUCUCCAGCUUGCUCAUGUUUUCUCUGGAAUUUCCUCUGUUUUCUCGCCAGAAAACCCAUAAUUCCUAUACUCUCUACACUACCUAUCACUUGCCCCCUGCCUUUCUUUUGGGAGUUGCUUUCGCUUAAAUCUCCAAGUUCAUAGCCUUUUCCAUCCGUUUGCUUAAAUGGGUAUUUCUCAAAACUUUAUUUUGAUCACAGCUUGGUUGCUUGUUGGAGUUGCUGCAGCUUGCUCCAAUGGAGAGUGCAGGCUAUUAGAUGAAUGCUCAUCCGACCAAGAUUGUGAAGCUGGACUUUAUUGUUUCUCUUGCCCACAAGGAUUUUCAGGUUCUAGAUGCGUAAGGUCAACAAUCAGUGACCAAUUCAAGCUUCUGAACAAUUCUCUUCCUUUGAACAAGUAUGCAUUUUUGACAACCCAUAAUGCUUAUGCAAUUGAUGGGUAUCCAUCUCACACUGGAGUUCCUAGAGUUACUUUCACAAAUCAAGAAGACAAUGUCACUCAGCAGCUAAAUAACGGAGCUCGAGCGUUGAUGCUUGAUACAUACGAUUUUCGUAAUGAUGUAUGGUUGUGCCAUUCAUUUAAAGGACAAUGUCAUGACUAUACUGCAUUUGGUCCUGCUAUUGAUACACUAAAAGAAAUUGAAGCUUUCUUAUCAGCAAAUCCAUCAGAAAUUGUGACAAUAAUCUUAGAAGAUUAUGUUCAAGCCCCCAAAGGACUUACAAAGGUGUUCACUGAUGCUGGGUUGAUGAAAUACUGGUUUCCGCUCACAAACAUGCCUAAAAAUGGCCAAGACUGGCCUCUAGUCAGUGACAUGGUAAAAAAUAACCAGAGGCUCCUUGUGUUCACUUCAAUUAAAUCCAAGGAAGAAAGUGAAGGAAUUGCUUACCAAUGGAAUUACAUGGUUGAAAAUCACUAUGGGGAUGAUGGAAUGAAGGCAGGAAGUUGUUCUAAUAGAGGAGAAUCAAGUGCUCUUGAUGACAAGAGCAAAUCCUUGGUGCUAGUAAAUUACUUUGGGUCUAUACCCAUGAAGGAACUUACUUGUGAAGAUAACUCGGGGAAUCUAAUAAAUAUGCUUCAAACUUGUUAUGGUGCUUCUGGUAACAGAUGGGCUAAUUUUGUAGCAGUUGAUUAUUACAAGAGAAGUGAAGGAGGAGGAUCAUUUCAAGCAGUGGACACUCUGAAUGGGAAGUUGUUGUGCGGGUGCGAUGACGUCCAUGCUUGCCUGCCUGGAUCAACUUCAAGAGCUUGCUCCUCUUGAGAUAAUUUCAGCGAGAGGAAAUUUGCAUAGUUAUUUUUGAAUAAAGAUUUGGAUAAUGUUCUUUACAAUAAAAAUUGUUGUACACCAUCCUGGAU